AUGAAGUGCACCAUGAAGACUACACUUUCUUUUGUGAUUCUUUUCUCUCUGGCCUGUCACAGUUCCGCCCUCCAAUGUCACACAUGUGUGGCCUCCAAUGAGGACGAGUGUAACAAGCAGGGCUCCACCUCCUGCCCGCAGCACGCAGACGCCUGCUCCACCUUCUCCGCACCCAACACGGUGAUGAAGUCGUGCACAUACAAGGCUUUUUGUGACAAGGCUCAUGGCAGCAGCUCAGGAGCCAAAAUGGUCUGCUGUUUUGGUGACAACUGUAAUGGCCCCCACAAAGGCCACCACGGGGCCCACAGGAACAGCGCAGGGGCCUCUGUCUUUAGCCCAGUCCUGCUCAUGACUCUGGCACUGCUGCGCACCGCCUUCACACACUUCUGA